UUUUGUUGACGUUUAGUUUGCCUUAGUUGAUUUCAGUUAUAUUUUUAUUUAUUUUUUAAGUUUUUUCUAAUUUAUACAUCGUUUUAUUCGAGCCUACAUAUCCAUAAUAAUCCAAGCAAUGGCCAGAAAAAGAGGAAGAUGCAGAAAGCCUAUAAAAUCUGGCGAAAAAAUCGACAAGAACAUCAACAACAAUUACAUCAAUACUCCAAAGGAAAAAGCCAAGAAAAACAACGCUAAAAAAACCGAAGUUAUCACCAAAUCCACUACAAAUUCUUGCAGUUAUUGCGGCUCAUUGUUCUCCAAACGAACAACUCUGCAAAAACAUCUAAAUAAAUGCUGCAAGAAUACAACAAAUUCACUCGCAUUCAACAUAAAAACUGGCCAUAGUCAAAGUAAUGUACACUAUUCGUAUUCUUGCCAACAUUGCUCAAAAUCUUUCCUAAGAAAUUCAACAUAUCGAACACAUGUAUCAAUUUGUUCCACUAAAAAUACAACCAAUGAAGUUAUUGCAAACACAACUAGCAACACAUCUUGCUCGAACAAUCCUGAUGAAACGAAUAGAUUCAGUUCCAGUAGCUCAAAAUCACCAAAAUCUGACCACAAAGAACAAAAUGAAACGACCACAACUUGUACAAACACAUCUAAUACCAUAAACGUAAGUCAAAACAUCAUUAUUCCUGUUAAUAAACUAUUGGAUAAGCCUGAUUCUGACGCACAAAGCACAGUUUUGAUCGAUACUGACGAUUCUGAUGUGCAAAUCAUCCAACAAAAAAUCCCCAAGUAUGAUCUCUCGAUAUACGAUUACGACGAAGACAUCGACACAGCUCAAGUACCGAGCCCAACCAAAAAUAAAUGCAAAAUAUGCGAGUACACAGCGGAUUCCCCGAUAGAGCUCAUCAAACACAAACGAACGAAGCACGCGCAAACCGAACCGGUACUGGUGUUCCCUCCUGAGGAAGUUCGGAAGUACUUCGAUUGGCCGGAUAGGAGUACUUGUCCUCUGUGCGGGAAGCAAUUGAAGACGAGGAACUACAAGUCGUUGUUUCUGAGGCAUCUGUCUGUGCAUACUGUAGGAUUGGCCUACGAGUGUAGGAUCUGCGGGAAGAAGUUUCGCAGAGUGGAUCAAUUGCGGGGGCACGAGAACAGGCACGUCGUGAGUUACGAGGAGGUGAGGGCUUUGAAGGAUGCUGUUUAUGAGGAUGAUGUUGCUUUGAGACAGCAUAUUAACAUGUGACCGUUGAGCGGGGAGGUUAAUUUGGUUGUGAAUUAUGAGGGAUGAUUACUGGUAUUUUUAUUCCUUACAUACCAUAGAAUAUUCCUUGUUGGUUUUCCUUAUAUAUUAUUAUCUGUAUAUCCUUCUAAUUCCCUUCUGUAAUAAUUGUUUUCCAGUGAUUCAUCCCUCAAAGUAACUAUUGUACUGAAAACUAGGUUUAU